AUGUCAAGUUUGAGAGCUUUGUCAUUUAAGAGAUUCUCUUCAUCAUUAUCUCCAAAACAGCAAUUGGAUGAAUUCCUUUUGUAUAAUAAGACUCCAGUAAAGAACAGACCGUGGAUUUAUCGUCGUAAGAAUGCUAAUGUGUUGCUAGCCUUAGAUUUGAAAGAUCCAGAUACUGGGAAGGCAGUCAAACCUCGUAAACCAUUUCAAAUUAUUGGUAGAGAUGUUUUGAAUCAAUACAUGAACACAAUAAAACCACAUUCUGGAGAGCUAUUAAAUUGGUUUAGAGAUUGGACUAGUUUAACUACAAGAAGGGCUCCAGUUUGGAUGUAUAUUAACAAUAAGUUAUUACAAAAUAUGCUAAUUGCUUCAUUUUUUGAACUUGGUUCUUAUACUCACCUAGUAAGUGCUCUUUAUUCCAAGAAAAGUUCAUUUAUCGAAGCUGGUAAUUCAAAAUCGUUUGAUCUUGAACACUUUUUCAAUACAAUUAUCAUGUGUAACAUUCACAGAAAUUAUGUUAGAGGUUAUAAAGAUAGUGAACUGACAAAACGUAAGGUUAUCGCGGCUUGGAAAACUUGCUCCUACAAGAAGGAUGCCACUGGUAUCUCCAAGAUAUUAGUCAACACUUUAUGUAGACAACAAGGAAUUCAAGAUACUGAUUUUAUCAGAAUUAGGUUUAACGACUCAAUAAAUUUGCCAUUAUUAGAAAAUAUUGGAGCUGCUUCACAAGAAGAUUUAACUAAAUUUCAUUCCGAUAACAUUGGUAACUAUUUAAGAACAAGAACCAUAAUGGAUUUUAACGAUAAUGUUGAUAGUAAAAUUGUUGAUUUUGUAAAUGGGUUCAAAUCUGUACAACAAAAAUUAAACAAAGAAGACAUUUAUGAUAAAUACAAAGUCUCUAUGACUGAAAUUUGGAAACAAGAACCAAAAGAAAAAGAAGAAGCCAAGGAAGCUGAGAAGGAAUCUGCAACUGAGAAGGAAACUUCUAACAAAGAAUAA